GCAGGCGCGCUGCCUGGAGUCCUGCCCCCAGCAGCGGUUGCUCCAAUCACCACUGGAGGCUCCCUCCCGGGGCACCCUCGCUGGCGAGCUGAGAGGAAAUGGCGGGGAGGUCCCUGACAUCGAAGGCCGAGGCCACCGCAGGAGCCAUGGACAGGGCUGAGAAGGCCGGAGGUAGGCAGGACACGUCCUCACAGAAAAUUGAAGACUUGAUGGAAAUGGUGCAAAAGCUGCAGAAAGUGGGAAGCCUAGAGCCCCGAGUUGAGGUCCUGAUUAACCGGAUUAAUGAGGUCCAGCAAGCAAAAAAGAAAGCCAAUAAAGACCUAGGAGAGGCCUGGACCAUCUGUGAGGCCCUGCAGAAGGAACUGGACUCGUUGCAUGGAGAGAAAGUACACCUGAAGGAGAUCUUGAGCAAAAAACAAGAGACCCUGAGGAUCCUCCGGCUGCAUUGCCAGGAAAAGGAAAGUGAGGCACACAGGAAGCACACCAUGUUGCAGGAGUGCAAGGAGAGAAUUUCUGCCCUGAACUUGCAGAUUGAAGAAGAGAAGAACAAACAGAGACAGCUGAGGUUGGCAUUCGAGGAACAGCUGGAAGAUCUGAUGGGCCAGCACAAGGACCUCUGGGACUUCCACAGGCCAGAGCGGCUGGCAAGGGAGAUUUGUGCCCUGGACAGCAGCAAGGAGCAACUGCUCAAGGAAGAGAAGCUGGUCAAGGCGACACUGGAAGACAUGAAGCAUCAGCUGUGUUCCCUGUGUGGGGCUGAGGGCCCCUCCACCCUUGAUGAGGGACUCUUUCUCCGCAGCCAGGAGGCUGCAGCCACAGUGCAGCUGUUUCAGGAAGAGCACAGGAAGGCUGAGGAGCUCCUAGCAGCUGCUGCCCAGCGCCACCAGCAGCUGCAGCAGAAGUGCCAACAACAGCAGCAGAAGCGGCAGAGGCUGAAGGAAGAGCUGGAAAAGCAUGGAAUGCAAGUCCCUGCCCAAGCCCAGAGCACACAAGAGGAAGAGGCUGGCCCAGGAGAUGUGGCCAGUCCCAAGCCCCUAAAAGGAGAAAGACCUGGAGCUGCACUCCAAGCAGGGCCUGAUGUCCUCAUAGGCCAGGAGGACACGCUCCACCCCGACCUUAGCCCAAGGGGCUUUCAGGAAAUAAAGGAGCUAUUUUGAUACGGCCCGUCUCAGCUAAGUCUACUGGCUCCCAGACCAGGUAGACCAGUGACAUGGUGGAGUUGAAGAGAGAGGCUCACUGCAGAGCACUGUUUCCAUGGAAAAAUGGAACAUGGCAAAGUGCAGAAAUUCUUCAGUCAGUCCAGGACAGAUGAGUUCUCUAAGAUGCAGUUAAUCGUACCUGUCUAAAACAAACUGGCAAUACACUAUCAAACAUGACUUUUAAAUCAAGUGGAAGUUAGAAAAUAUAUUGAACUGAGUGGCAAUGAAGACCACAUUUUAAAACUGUAAUUCAGUUAAGCCCACAAUUAGAAGGAACUUUAGCUUUUAUUGGUUCACCACAAUUUUUUUAAAAAUCAACCAAUGAUUGUUCAGUUAAUGAAUAAAAGGCCUUUGACACAG